AUGGCAGAGACGCAGAACAAAGAGCAAUCGCUCAUCGAUGCUCAGAUCCGAGAGCUCGACGAGUCUGAUCAAGAAUUCGAGAGCCUAUGGCAAAUGUGGCAGGCCAUCUUCCCAGAUUGGCCAAUUGAGCGUCAACGACUCGAAAAGAUAGUCCGCCAAAUGCCCGGUAACUAUCUCAUCCACGAGCACGGAUUCUGCCUCUCUUUCCUCCAGGAUGGGGUGCUCGGUACGAUAGCUGCGGUCGGGGUACUGCCCGACCAUCGUCGCAAAGGCCUCGGGACGGCUCUUGUACACAGAGCUCACGAGGCCCUGAAGAAGGCAGCUAAAGAUUCUGGCGAGAAGGAGCUUCAGUCUUUUGAAGUUGGGUCUUUUGCGCCUCGAUUCUGGCCACAGAUGCCCGUGAACGCCCCUCAAGAAGUGAAGGACUUCUUUCUGCACUGCGGUUUCAAAAAGUCCCCCGAUUUGGGAUGCCGUGACCUGUUCAAAGACAUCCGCAAUGAUGUGGUGCCCGCAGACGUCUUGGAGCGAGUUGCCAAGACAAACAUCGAAUAUCGCCCUUGGUCACCGGAACUAUACGAAGAGUGUUUAGAAAAGCAACGGGCCAACUUUAACUGGUGGAAGGGCUAUGAAAUUCUCGCCCAGUACGGCCAGCACUCUGAAGUCAUGGUCGCCAUCGACCCCGACACAAACGCACAAGUCGGGUGGACGUUCAUGUGCUCCCCCAACGCCAUCAUGAGUGACAUGUACGCCUUCCUGCCUCUACUCCCCACCAAGGAGAAGACAGGAUUGAUUGCUGCGGUGGGCGUUGACCCUAGCGUCAGGGGUAAGGGUGUAGGUUUGGGGUUGGUCGCGAGAGCAAUGGAGAAUUUGAAGGAGAGAGGCGUCGAGGGCAUCCUCAUUGACAUGACCUUGCUCCGGGGGUUCUACGAGAAGCUGGGGUUCGAGGCGCAAUGUGAGUAUGAGCGUUGGGUAUGGGAAGAUGCUACAAAGUGA